AGCACGAAAUUUAGGAGGGAGCAAGAUAAUUGUGAAUUCCAUUCCCGCCAUUUCAACUCUCCUCUUUCUCCUGGCCCCUCGGUUUUCUCCUGCAACUUCUCUCUCCAAAAAAUUCUAGAGAGAUAAAGAGAAAGAGAGACGGUGUGUGUGUGAGAGAAUCUCAAUGGCGAAGAGUAACUCGGAUAAAUCAGACGGAUUGGAGAUAUUAUCAAUUGGCAAGCUUUACACUGGUCAAUGGGAUAAAAAAUACUGGAGCUCCUCUAGGGGCAAAGACCGCUAUCCUUAUCCUAUUGGAUACAAUGCUCUAAGGACCCAAAAUGGAAUCACUUACAAAAUGGAAAUUCAUGAAGGCCUUAACGGGCCAUUAUUUACGAUCAGUUCUACAGAUGGGCAUUCAUGUAGUGGGCAAACUGCAGAUAUUGUCUGGGAGAGUUUCCAGAAAAGAGGAUAUCAAAUAAAAUUGUUGCGUGGAAAGAGAUACUCCAGUAAGAUUGAUGGUGUGGAGUUUUUUGGGUUCAAGAACACAUUUGUUCAGAGGUUACUCAGGGAGUUGGUGACGAAUAUCAGUGGAAUGCCAGAGCAGAAUAUCUUGUCGUCUAACUCUCUUGGGAAUGAGACAUCCGAGGCAGUAAAACCAACUGAAAACGCGGGAUCAAAAGCAGAUCCUAAUCUGCUACCGCACAUGGCAAAACCACAAAGUGCUGCAAAGAGAAAUAGGAAAUCUAGAACCAAUAAUACCAAGUCACCUGCCAAUAGCAGUCUCAAAAAACCUCGACGUCAGAAUAAAAGUUGCAACGUCAAAGCUUUGAAUUCUGAUCAACAGGAAUAUGGUGAACAUCCGCAUCCCUUUUCCGCAAAUAAAGGGUCUCCCAAUAGUUCAGAAGCAUUGCAAGAGUCAGAGGCCUCACAAACAAUAAUUGAACGAGAAAAAGUUCUGGUUCUGGUCGAAGAAUCUUUUGACAAAGAUGAUCAUCUGAAAGUGGAUAGUUUUAGUUCUCAGGGAGGGAUGAAGCAUUUAAAUCCUGAGAACAAUUUACCCUUAGAAGAAUCUAUGAAAAUACUAAAAGAUGGAAAGCCGUUUGAUAGGUCAAAAGUUCUGGAAGAGCAGGUGAUCAAAAACCAAAUGGCCGAAGAGAAGGAUGAGGAACCACCAGUUACAAAUGAAAUACUAAGAAUUAAUGAUGCCAAUCUUUGGGCACCUGAUACUUUGGAUCACCCGCCAGAUGAUUCUUUCAAUCUCGCCGCAGAUAUGGUGAAGGAUGGUGUAGCUGCUGUUACUACCGCUAGUCCUGAUUCUCUAAUAAUUGAUUCACAUCCACAAAGUGAAAUGGAUACGUCUUGUUUGGAAGUGAACUCAGAGAGAAAUGAGUCAGAUUCUGUUGGGCAUGAAAUAGCCAACUCAAUGAUGACACUUCUCCUUCCUCGAGCACUUCCUCUGCUUAGUACAUACACUAGAAAGAAAAAGAAUGUUAAAAAUUCACCAGAAAUAUCUGGUCGUAACUCUCAAGACAAAAAUAAGAAGAUCGACACAUCUGUCAGUGAGCUUGAUGAGACUUCAAUGCUCAGACAGAAGGAAAAUAUUAACUUUCCAGUUCAAGAUUAUGUUCCAGCAUCUACAGCUUGUUCCCUUGCAGAAGCUGUUGUUCCUGAUAGUUUUGAUAAUGCUGAAGUUGGAUAUACUCCAAGUCAGGGUUUAGCUCAGAUCGUACAAGUAGCUGAAGCUUCUAAAGAAGAUCAAAGUGUUCGAGGUCUACAAACCUGCAGAUCUGAAAUCGAGGGGCCAUCAAUGAAUGAUAAUUCAGAAGCAAAGCCAUCAGUUUGCAAUGGUGAAACAGGGACAGAAAUAGAAAAUGAUGUCUUACCAAGCACACAGAAAUUUGUUCAAGCACCAAAAAAGGAAAUUAGUGGAACCCAAAGGACAGGUGCAAUUAUCAGUGGGCGCUUAGCUAACGUUCCACCUUCUGCUGAAUCAAUGGUGCAACAUGUUUCUUUAUCGAAACGUAUCAUCUGCAGAGAUGUCAGAGAUGAUUCUGUUCCAGAGACAAGUGCCGGCAUAAAUGGGAUGCGCACCUCACGUUCCUUGCAAGGAAGCUCUUCUAUGCAGCACCAAAUCGAUCAAUCGAUAUCUGCUGAUGAACCCCACAUUGAUGGAUGGCCCCUUAACUUCCAUACAAAAGAAAGGUUCACUAAUACCAGUGGUACACCUUCUAACAUGGCCUCGAGAUCACAAGAAGAAGAAAUGGAUUGGAUGCUAAACCAUACUGAAACUUCAAAGUUUCUUGAUUCAACUGCAAUCAAAUCGGAAGACAAAUUGACUGAAAAAUUGUCCAGAGACCAACGCUUUGUCAGGUUUACUGGUCCUUUGUUACAUAAUCAAAACCAGAAGAUAAAUGUUUCUGCUGACACCACUGAGAAAAACGAGAAUACUGAGAACAUAAGCAUGGAGGCCCAUAAAGAUUUAAAGACUGAGAGUGAAAGAAGUGGUGUUCUCAAGCUUAUUGCAGGCUAUGAUCAUCCCAUGCCAGUUUCAUCAAUGCUAUUGAGCACACAAGAAAAUGAUCUUUACAUUUGUGUUUUAUGCGGUCAACCGUUGCACGAGGAUAGAACUAUUUUCAUGUACAAGGUCCCAAUGGCAGGAGAAGAAAGGGGGUCCCCUUCUUUUAUUGGUCAUGCUUCCAUAAGUUUUCCAUCUUUUGGCGGUGCCUUCGGUGGAGAUAUUGAACUGGAUAGUGCUGCUGUGCAGUUGACACCAAUUGGUCAAUCGCUUGUGUUGUUCAACAGUGUAAAAGCCCCAGGCUGCAGGGAGGGUGACAUAAAGUGUCGGUGCUCAUCAUGUGCUUCGAAUCAUUUUGAGGAAAAUGCAGUAAAAAUCAUGCAAAUUAGAAAUGGUUAUGUCUCUAUCAUUGCUAAACUGAAAACAAUUCUAAGUGUAUGUUAUAUAUUGGUUUGUCCACCUGAUCACCUUGUUGCUGUGGAUGAAAGUGGGAAGCUGUACAUAUGGGUCAUGAAUUCAAAAUGGAGUGCGGAGACGGAAGAAUGCUGUUUGCUGCCACCCGACUGCCCACCCUUUUGUUCAAUGAAGUUGAAAAGAAUACCAAAGUUUUCUAGUUUGGUUCUUGGGUACAAUGGAUUUGGGGAAUUUAGCCUAUGGGAUAUAAAGAAGUGCAUGCUUGUGUCGAAGUUUUCUGCUGCCAGUACUUCUGCUUUUCAAUGCCUUCCAGUCAGUCUUUUUAGAUGGCAAAGAAAGUACAGUGAUCCUGCCGGGGUCACAGAAGAGACUAUUGACGAAAUAACAGAUGUCACAAGGAUGUCUUUCUUGGAAACGAGUGACAAUCAACUCUUUUGCUCAUCAGAGGAUAAAGAUGUGGCAAUUUGGCUUCUGAUUUUGACUUCUCCUGACCCAGAUCAGCCUGCUUAUGAAUCUAGCGAGCAGCAGUCCAGCCCAGUUCAUUGGUGGAGGCUCGCUCUACUGGUUAAUAACACAAUGAUCAUGGGAAAUUCUCUUGACCCAAGGGCUACUGCACUUGGUUUUUCAGCUGGUCAUGGGAUUAUUGGGAGAAGUGAUGGACUGGUCUACAUGUGGGAAUUAACUACUGGGAAAAGACUCCAAAAUCUGCAUCACUUUAAAGGUUCAACAGUUUCAUGCAUUACUACUGAUGAUUCAAGCCAUGGUGCAGUGGCCAUAGCCAGUGAUCGAGGUCAGGUGCUGGUAUAUAUGGGAUCUUGACGGGCUUUGUACAUAUUGAAUAAGUAAUUUUUACUCCAUCUUGAACAAGUUAGAUGGACGUAUCUGCCCCAUUUUUCCCGAGUUCGCCUAAUGUCUAGAACCCGCUAACUUUGAUAGGCAUUGGUACCAAGAAAUGAGGUUUUGAUUGGGGUGCAAAGCUCUUUGUAAGUCUGUUUCAGAUAGUGUAUUGCCAUGGUUCUAGUUGAUCCCAAAUCCAGUACAAUCAUAGAUUGUAAAUAACAGGUUAAAGUUGGAUCUUAAAUAACGAAGAUUGGCUUCCCCUU